AUGUCKUCCYRCAGCUCUAAUCCCUCUGCUUUAAGGAACACAGCGACCGUACGUUUACUGAUCAACUACAAUAAGUCCCACAAGACAGUGUUGCGGGUGAAUCCCACGCUGCCGCUCGAGACGGUUCUGCCKGCAGUGUGCGACAAGUGUGAGUUUAACGUGGAGACGACCAUCUUACUGAGAGACCUGCAGUCCAAAGAGCCGCUGGAUUUGACCAAGACCUUGAAUGACCACRUAUUGAGGGAGGUGUUCGCUAAAGACACAGCAGCUCAGGACUCUGCAGACUGCCAAAACAAGUCAGCUGGAGGAGCUGUCACACCAACAGAGGUCAUCUCACCAACUCCGUCACAAGACUUGCAAAGGAAGGAAAGAAAACAAAGGAAAAGAAGCUUCUUUAGCUUUUUCAGAAGACGGAAGAAGAAAAACGAAACGAACGGGUCGGUGAGUGCUCCUACGUCUCCCGGCCUGGGGAAGCAAGUGAGAGUCCGUGGGAAUUCGGAGAGCGUUUCGUCAACCAAGACCCUGCCGGCUGACACGCCCAAAAAGCGCCCAGCGCCACAGCCCCCUGUUGCCAUGUCCCACAGCGUCCCUAGCAACCUGAGCACCUGCUGUAUCCAAGGAACGCAGUCAUCUGGAGAAUCUACUUUAAGGAGUACGAAGAGGAGGGCUCCACAGCCUCCUUGUGCAAAUGCACAAUAUGAGCGGAGAGWGGAAACUGAUGUGGGAGAGUCCCUGAAGACUCUGGAAGAGCUGAGAGAGACUGAUGAUUCCUUGUCCACUUCAAACCCGUCACUGACUCGUCUUCAUGAAGCGCCCGACUCGUAUCGCCCUUCGUUUCGAGGGAGAGACAUAUCCGACGCCCGCUCGGCUCUCGCAAAAGUCCUCACAUCCUCGGUCUCCAAAGGGACGCUGGUGAGGCGUUUGAGAAACUCCGCCGCCUUCCCAAACUUUAAUGUGACGUCCUGCGUGUCUACAACUUCAAAGUGUCUGGAUGACGGAGAACCCGGUGCAGAGCGCGAGUCUGUUUUCAGAUCUAACCUCCCGACUGAGAGCGAGUGGACGGAGCCAGAACAGAGGACWGGAUGGACUACCUUUAAAGUCGUGCCCCUAAAGAAACCGGCUUCCUCUGAUCAAGAGAUGAUGCACGACACUCAGGACCACUCUGAAUUACCUUUAAUUGAUGACAWAGAAACAACCGAGAAWCGGAAGGAAGAGGAAGAACCAGAAGUUACACCUGCACCAGUAGAUGGUUGUGAUGGUGAAACGGCCAAUGAUAACUCAGAAAAUCAGAGCGAGUUUGGUCYGAGUCCUAAUGCAGACAUGGUUCCAUGUAGUUCAUGCACUGAUGAAAAGGUUGAAGAGGAUGUUUCACAUGGAGAAGAUGAGGAAGCUGCCUUUCCUCCCCCUCCUCCACCUGUUGUUUUCACAGAGGACAUGGAAACUGUGGAGAAAGAAGAAGAUUCUCAAGCUAGUGCCAUCUUGAAUGUGCACACAAAUGCAUUUAGCAUAGCUCACAACAACGCUUCCUCCGCCGUAUCUGACCAGACGACUGUAACRCCGUCCAGAUUUGCCCAGGCAGUAGCCCUGGCCGUGCAGAGGGCCCGCCUGCAGAGACUGGACCUGGGUGUGGGCUCAGGCCCUCAAGCCUCCGGCGGUSCAAACGGCACCCUUCCAUCACAUUCCAGGUCUUCGUAUCAGUAUGGUGCCUGACCUGUGUCCUGCUGCAUACGAGGUUCAGCUUUCAACACGAACUAAAGACACCGGGCUUGKGGUUUGACCUGACCUAGACCAGCUCAUAGUUUUCCAUAAGCUAUACUGUUUUUUUUCUCUUUUUAGUUUUCAUUUAAUGUUUAUGUGUUUAAACAGAAACGCUCUGCUCUGGAGAAUGCCAAAUAUACAGGUUCGAGUUGCUGAU